AUGGAAAGAAACGAAAACAGAAAUGAAAGCGAGAAAGACGACGAAGCUAUUGAAUUUAGCUACAGAAUUGAUGAUAAUCCACCCUGGUGUCUCUCUUUGUUGUUAGGAUUUCAGGUAAAGAUAUUUAAAUAUUCAGAGCUCCCGUCUAAUAGUAGGCCUACUGAUGUUAAGUUAGGAGUGGCCGGAGAAUUUUUUAAUAUAAUCUUGAUUUCCAACUGUAAAAUGUUUAUAAUAUGCACUGAGGGGUGGCGGUAAUAAAAAUAUAUUAUCAGAUAAAUGGGAGAGAUCACAUUCACAUUCAGAUUUUAUGAUCUCUGUAACUCAUCUGAUGUUAGUUACCUUUGAGACAAGGUAUACUGUUGUGUUACUGUUUACACAUAGAGUAUACAUUCAUAUACAAUUGAGUGGUUCAGAUUUGACUUCCGCUACCACUACCAUUCACUGGCUUAGUACGCAUCUGAUUGGUUAAUGGAUUGUUCAAAUGCAUUUGAUUGGUAGCGAUAGCGGUAUAGUCGAAGUCAAAUCUGAACCCCCAUGCAUAAUAUAUAUGCGAAAAGCCGCAACGAAUGUGGCUUAAAAAUAAAAACGUUUUGCAAGGGAAUUUUUCCACAAUAUUCUUAAUAUACAAGAGUUGCCAAGGUUUAUCUUAUACACUCAUAUAAUGCCAAAUACAAAAGGAUAAAAAUGACAAACGUCACCAAUUGGAGGAAUUGACGUACUGGGCGUACUUUUUGAGAAUAAAUGAAGUCAACGUCCAGCGGACAAACGAGGAUGAGAGUGCCAAGUCACGAAUUGUUACAGGGGACAUUUCAGGCUCUAGGUGAACAAAAUAAAGGUCUGAUGGUUUUCCCAACUAGUUUUUAACUCAGUUAAAUAGAAUACAUGAUAAUAUUGGGAAAGCAUUAAAUAGGAACAAGUAACAGCUAACCAAAGUUCUCGUGACUGCCAAAUCUCCGGCACUCUCAUCCUCCUUUGAUCCGGGCAUCAUUUCUCAUAUAAUUUUGGCCAAAACUGUUAAUGCAUGAAAAUUAAUGGGGCAUAUUAAUUUGAGCAAUAAUAAACAUGCGCAGAACUGAUAAUAUUAUAAUGAACAAUUUUAGUUUUUUACAUCGGAUUGAUACAACCAUAGCCUAACACAUUCUUUUACCUCUAUAUUUUAAAUUCCCACGGUGCACUGAUGGACACCAUGGGUAACUUACGAGUAUUUGGAUAAGUAAGUCACUCACUUUUAAUUAAGAUUAAAAAAUUCAUUAAUAAUUCACGAGGAAAAUACAAAAGAAAUGAAUGUUUAAUCAAUGUUUGCAAAUCGGAUAAAGAUUUGUCCUGAUUUACAUAAACUUCAGCUUUGAUUUUCUCGGCUUAGACAAUGUUUAUUUUUAAAAUUAUUUCGCCAAUGAACUCAUAAGAUGGGUCGUUUUUUAAGUACGAUAAAACAUUCGCAUCCGAUCUGUAUCUGAUAUACAAACUCAGAUACAGAUCAGAUACAGAUCGGCUGCUCAUGUUUUAUCUAGUACAUAAGGUAUGCAUGGUUAUAUGCAUGGUUAUAUGCAUGGUUAUAGUGCAUGUAUACGGUUAAAAACACAAAGACUGUGUACAGUUAUCUUGGUCACAGUUAAGACAUGAACUAGAUUAUAUAUGUAUACGUGUAUCAUGAUAUAGCCUAGUGCAGACUUUUCUUUUUUCAUAGCAUUACCUGACAAUGUUUGGUGCCACAAUAUCCGUUCCCAUCAUCAUAGCUCCUGCAUUGUGUGUCACUGAUGACGUAGUCGUUGGAAAACUUAUAUCUACAAUAUUCUUCAUGAGUGGAAUAGCGACUCUCUUACAAACAACUUUUGGUAACAGGUAACUUUAAGUUGAACUCACUAUUACUUUAAUUAACCAAUGAAGGGAACUGGUGAGUGGUUGUGAACUUUGAACCAUGAGAGCUCUUCUUUGCAUGGACACUUGCUCGUUUAUACAUGCACGUGUCGACAUUUCUAAGAUUGACGGCGGUUAUAGUUUAUAUAUACUGUAUAUAUAUAUAAAUAUAUAUAUAUGUAUAUAUAUAUAUAUUAUUAUUAUAUAUAAAUAUAUAUAUAUAUAUAUAUAUAUAUAUAUAUAUAUAUAUAUAUAUAUAUAUAUAUAUAUAUAUAUAUAUAUAUAUAGGUCAUAUAUUUCUAAGAUUGACAUGUUAUAUAUGCUCUCUUGCGAAAGCUUACUGAAACCUACCAAUUGGAGGGAAAUUUAUACAUGUAUAUAAUAUAUAUAUAUCUAGUAUCUGGAUAUAUUUUUUUGUUAAAUUUCUAUAGACUCCCAAUCAUACAAGGCAGUACGUUCUCGUAUCUUGUACCAACAUUUGCAAUUUUAUCUUUGCCUAAAUUUCAAUGUCCACCAGGAUUUAAAGGUAAAUUUAUAGAGUUACUAUUUUCAAUUCAUCUUCAGCACCAAUUUUGUAAUUCUUUCAAAACUGUGGAGAAACUGGGGGCGGGGGGAGGAGGGCUUAACUAUCCUGUUAAUGUUUUAACCAUGACAUAAAAUAUACCAAAUCUGUGGCUUUCAGAUUAUCUGGCAUAAAACGUGUCCAAAAUGCAUGAUAUAGCGUUUCGCUCGUUUGGGCCGACUACGCCUCAGUUUCUGCCAACAGAAACUUUAAUAUUUAGUUUACAGAUUUAAAUCUAUUUUAAACCUUCUGAACGGAAAAUUCAAAACUAGAUCCUGUUCUGAUUUGUUCCAAAAACUGAUGCUUUUUGUCUGUGUGACUGUGUUGCCCCACAAUAUUAUUAAUAGUAUUAUACCUAACUGCAUGCUCUGCCAGUAACCUCGAUAAAUUUAAUUGAAAGUUCUAAAUCAAUAUUUAUACAUAAUAUUUCAAUACACGCUUCUGGAAAGAACGUCACCUUGGCUAUAGAAACUCGUUUCCAUGACUGAGCAUCAGGCUUUGACUAAUGUCAGAUACACGAAAACGAGGCUCAAUAGCCAAAGUGACGUGCUAUCAGAGAACUAAGAACUAAUCAUUACGAGGGGACCAUCUCAUAAUAAGCCUUGUGGUUCCUUGAGGUCGCUUCGCCAGCACCUGAAUUUAUACUGAACAAAGCUGAAUUGAAUUUCUCUCUUGCUUAUUCGUAAACGGUGACAGCCGAACAGGUUUUACCUUUUUGGGAAUAUUUUAUUUUCUGUGUAUGGUUUUGUAAAUAUAGCCACUGUGCAAAUUUAUGAUUAUAUUCAUAGAAUCCAACAGCACUUCCGAUGAACUUUGGAAAAUUCGUAUGAGAGAGGUAGGCCAUGAUCCAUAUAUGUUGAUAUUUUCUUCACCCUAGUGUGACAAUAAUGAUGUAGUUUUAACCUGCAAACUAGACCCAUCUGAAUAA